ACAACAUUGACAUGCAAAACAGCUGUGCAGAUAAACGUUUACCUACAAAAAGGAAAAAUUAAAAGUUAAAGUGAGAAGUGAUUCUAAAAAAAACGAAUAAAUAAAAUGGAAAUGGAAUAUGAAGUGCCGCAGAAGAAAUCUCGGGGAAAGCCAAAGGUUGCAAAGGAGUGGGCAGAGGAAGAUAUUUUUAAACUCAUUGCUCUAGUGGAGGAACAAAGUUGUCUGUGGAAUGCGGGAUGUGAUGGAUACCACAACAAAAUACUCCGCGACAACGCAUGGCGGCACAUUUCCGAACAAUUUGAUGAUAAAUAUACCCCUGCAGAUCUCACCGCAAAGUGGACAAACUUGAGGAUACAGUAUCGAGGAUAUGCGGCCAGGUCCAAAACAAAGUCGGGACAAGGCGCAAUUGAACCACCUAAAUGGAGAUUUUUUAAUGUCAUGAAGUUUGUAGGACGAAAUGAAGAGGCUCAGACGCAAGACACAAUUUCAAACAUAUUAAUAGAAAUAGAUUCAGAAAGUAAUUCUUUUGAUGUUUGUGCAUCGCCAUCUUUGCCAACGCCACCACCAACAUCAACACCACGGCGGUUACAGGCUCCAACUGUACAAUCUGCAACAACACAAAUUGCGGAGACUAUGCGGGAGGCAGUUGCUGCAAUGAAAGAACGCAACCAAAACAGCUUGGAUCCCAACACGUCAUUCGCAAACUAUCUCCUAAGUGAGCUGAAGACACUCAGUGACAGUGGAUCUGCUUCAGUUAGAAAUAAAGUUACAUUGUUUUUUUUACAAUGUUUGGAAGAGGAGAGAAGCAAUCAUUUAUUUGAGUGUUAAAACAUCCCUAUUUUCUUUUUAUUAUAUGACUGACUUA